AGAGCCACCAAGAAACCAUUUCCAAGGGCUCACAGAAAGUCAGGGGCCUAGCCAGCCAGCCAAGCCAGUGGUUAUAACCAACCUCCCAGUGAAACUUUCAGACCCUCCCGUUUUAGCAAGUGAGAGAAGCCCUGCGACUCUCGCUCGCUCGCUCGCCCAAGAUGAAGUUUAUGAAACUUGGCACCCGGCCUGACACCUUCUUCUCCAACGAAUCCGUGAGGUCUGUCUGCACAGAGGUCGCCACUGACCUGCAAAUCUUGGUGGGUGACUGCUUGUAUCAGCUUCACAAGUUUCCUCUGCUGUCGAAAUGCCUGCUUCUGCAAGCGCUGUGCGCCGAGUCCGGAUGCGGCGGCAAUGGCGGCGACGUGAUCGAGCUCCCGGGGUUCCCGGGCGGCGUCGAGGCGUUCGACGCGUGCGCCAAGUUCUGCUACGGCAUCACCGUCACGGUGAGCGCGCGGAACCUCGUCCCGCUCCGCUGCGCCGCGGCGCACCUCGGCAUGUCGGAGGCCGCCGACCGCGGCAACCUCGCCGCCAAGCUCGACGCGUUCCUCGCCUCCUGCCUCCUCCGGCGAUGGAAGGACGCGCUCGCCGUGCUCAACUCGACGCGCCACUGCGCGCCGCUCUGCGAGGACAUCGGCCUCACCUCCCGGUGCGUGGACGCCGUCGCGGCGCUCAUCGCGAGCCCCGCCGCCCUCCCGGCGCACUCCUCGUCGGCGUCGCCGUGGUGGGCGCACGACGUCGCCGAGCUCGGGGUUGACCUGUUCUGGCGCAUCAUGGUGGCCGUCAAGGCCACCGGCGCCGUCCACGAGAAGACCGUCGGCGACGCGCUCAAGGCGUACGCGCGCCGGUGGCUGCCCAACGUCGCCAAGGACGGGAUCGUCGUCGGCGCCGACCAGCCGUUCGACGGGGUCGGCAAUGGCGGCGACGGCGGCAAUGCCAGCGUCAAGCAGAUCGCCACGAGGCACCGCCUCCUCCUCGAGAAGAUCGUGAGCCUGAUCCCGGCGGAGAGGGACGCCGUCUCCUGCAGCUUCCUCCUCAAGCUCCUCAAGGCGGCGAACAUCCUCAGCGCGUCCGCCACGUCCAGGGCGGAGCUGGUGCGGAGGGUGGCGUGGCAGCUCGAGGAGGCCACCGUCGGCGAUCUCCUGAUCCCGUCGCUGUCGUGCGUGUCCGAGACGCUGUACGACGUGGACGCCGUGGCGGCCAUCCUCGACGAGUUCGCCCUGCGCCACGCCGCCGCGCCGCCGCCGCCGGUGGCGCUGGCAGUGAGCCCCGACGACGACGACGACAGCCCGGCGCGUUCCGGCGGGCACCGGCGCUCGCGGUCGGCCGAGAGCGUCGGGUUCGACGGCGCCGCGCGGCGGUCGUCGUCGGCCGCGCCCGUGUCGCCCGACGCGCUCGUCAGGGUGGGCAGGCUGGUCGACGGCUUCUUGAUCGAGGUUGCCAGGGACCCCAACAUGCCGCUCGACAAGUUGCUCGCCAUGGCCGAGGCCGUCCCGGACACCGCCCGCCCCGAGCACGACGGCCUCUACAAAGUCGUCGACACUUACCUCAAGGUGCACUCGGAGAUGAGCAAGAGCGCGAGGAAGCGGCUGUGCAGGGUGAUCAACUGCAGGAAGCUGUCGGACAAGGCGUGCGCGCACGCGGCGCAGAACGAGCUCCUCCCGCUGCGGGUGGUGGUGCAGGUGCUCUUCUUCGAGCACGCGCGGGCGGCGGCGAUGGCGGGCGGCGCGCACGCCGCGGCCGAGCUGCCGGGCAGCAUCAGGGCGCUGCUGCAGUCCAAGUCGUCCGGGUCGGAUCAGGAGGACGACGCGGCGGACCGCGUGGACGAGCAGCGGCUGCGCGCGCUCGCCGCAGGCGCGUCCCCCGGGGACGACUGGAGCGUGGAGGGCCUGCGGCGCGCGGCGUCCAAGAUCGCCACGCUGCGGAUGAAGCUGGAGGAGGACGACGACCACGACGGCGGCGGCGGCGACGACGAGGAGUUCGCGCGCAGGCAGCAGGCCGGGCUGGCGCGCAGCGCAUCGCUGCGGUUCAGGGCGUUCUGCGCCAUCCCGGCGGCGAGGCCGAAGCGGAUGCUCAGCAAGCUGUGGCCGCUGGCCAGAGGCGUCACCACCGAGCGGCAUUAGCGUCGCAACCAGUAGCCAUUACUACUAGGUUUUUUGUACUUCUUCUUCUUGGGUGUCUUGCUUGCAUUGCUUGCCCAAGGCCUGAGAAUGCAGGUUUCUUUGCUUGUCUCUUCUUCUUGUUUCUCCUUUUCAAUUACAGUGUCAAGGCCAAGUGUACCUUCCAGGCUUCCAUGUAGUUGUAAUCUUUUCUCUCUCUCCGUUUUUUUUUUGGGUGAGGCAUGUAGUUGUAAGCUUAAUUAUUAAAAAUAAAUAGGAACUGCACAGUUUAUAUACUUAUGUAAGGAGUAAGGUGAAUGGAUGGAGUGCAAUUUACUUCA